AUGCUCAAAAAGGCUCUCACACAAUCUGCUGAGUCAGGAGGGUGCCUUGGCCUCUCCGGCUAUGGCGAUAAGGAUGCUCGCAUUACUGCCGCCAUUGCCAGCAAUAUUUGGGCAGCCUACGAAAAACAUGGACGGAAUGCAUUCCGCGAAGACCGAUUGACCUUUGUGCUGAUUGAUUGCGAGACGGGUCAUGUGGCCAUAACACAGGUGGCCAGUGUGCUGUUGUGCCUGUAUGCCAGAAGCCACGUCGGAUUGGGCCUACUCAAGCAAAAGGCCAUGUCCCUGGUCGCCUAUUUGGAGAGACCACUGAAGCAGAUCUCGGCCUCGUGAAGGCGAGCCCUUGCCGUGUCGCCGACGCUGCAGUCUCGUUGACUAUUUCUAAGUUUAUACAGUAAUGCAGAAUUAAACAUGCCAAUAUACGUACGUA